GUUGCGAAAACUUAAACGCGAAUGUGCGGUUUUGGUUAUUUAUUGUUUUUUGCUUUAUUGCUGACAAUAGUUUUGGUGCUAUCGAUCAUAUUUCCCACCUCCUCGAAAAGAUCUAUGAUGGAUAGUCUUAUAAUAUUUAAUUUCACAUUCGAUGAUGAGCACCAGCCACAACAACAACAACAACAGCAACAACAACGGGAGAAGGAUUUACUACAACAACCAGAGCAGUUUAUCUUCAAGCCGAAAUUAUUUUGAGUUUUUGUCGUUUUUUAUUGUGUUUUGCCCACCCAAAUUCAAUUGGACUUCACUGUGCGCGAGUUAAUGAAUUUCGUCGGUCGUGUGAAAAACUGUGCCGCAUCAAGAAUUGAAAAUGUACUCUAAAUAAAACGAAAUAAGAUAUCCAACAAAUGGAAAAUAAAUAAUAUAAAUGCAUUCGAGCUGAAUUAAAAUUAAAUCGAGUUAAAAUACAAAUUCCUCAUAAUAUGAACAAGUCCAAGAACUUUUUAGCCUAGUUCAAAAUAAAAGUGUUAGCCAGCAUUUCUUUGGCUCCAAUCCAGAUUCAAAGUUAACCGCAACCUAAGACAAGCCAAGCAGCUGCCGCUCGACGCGGGCCACUAGAAUAUGUCGUCGGUUAAGGUAGCGGUGCGGGUGCGCCCGUUCAACUCGCGGGAGAUUGCACGGGAGUCCAAAUGCAUCAUCGAGAUGAGCGGCGCCACAACGGCCAUUACCAAUCCGAAAGUGCCGCCCAACACAAGCGAGUCCAUCAAGCGCUUCAAUUUCGAUUACUCCUACUGGUCCCAUGAUCCCCGCGAUUCGGACUUCUCCACACAAUCGAUGGUCUACAAGGACAUUGGCGAGGAGAUGCUGCAGCAUUCCUUCGAUGGCUACAAUGUGUGCAUCUUUGCCUAUGGGCAGACAGGCGCUGGUAAAUCCUACACCAUGAUGGGCCGCCAGGAGGAGCAACAGGAGGGCAUUAUACCAAUGAUAUGCAAGGAUCUCUUCGGUCGCAUACAAGAAACCGAAACCGAUGAGCUCAAGUAUUCCGUGGAGGUCUCCUACAUGGAAAUCUAUUGCGAACGCGUGCGGGAUCUGCUGAAUCCCAAGAACAAGGGCAAUUUGCGUGUGCGCGAACAUCCACUGCUGGGUCCUUAUGUGGAGGAUCUAUCCAAGUUGGCUGUCACCGACUACCAGGACAUUCACGACCUCAUCGAUGAGGGCAACAAGGCGCGUACUGUGGCCGCCACCAACAUGAACGAGACAAGCUCGCGUUCCCACGCGGUCUUCACCAUUUUCUUUACACAACGUCGCCAUGAUACCAUGACAGAUUUGAUCACAGAGAAGGUCUCCAAGAUUAGUUUGGUCGAUUUGGCCGGCUCGGAGCGUGCUGACUCCACAGGCGCUAAAGGCACUCGCUUGAAGGAGGGCGCCAACAUAAACAAAUCCUUGACUACCUUAGGCAAAGUCAUAUCCGCCCUGGCGGAGGUGUCUGCAUCCAAGAAGAAGAACGCAAAGAAGGCGGACUUUAUACCUUAUCGCGACUCCGCUUUGACCUGGUUGCUGCGCGAGAAUCUGGGCGGCAACUCCAAGACAGCCAUGAUAGCUGCCAUAUCGCCAGCUGACAUCAACUACGAUGAAACUCUCAGCACCCUACGCUAUGCGGAUCGUGCCAAGCAAAUUGUGUGCAAGGCUGUGGUCAAUGAGGAUGCCAACGCCAAGCUUAUACGCGAGCUCAAAGAGGAGAUACAAAAACUGCGCGAUCUGCUCAAGGCCGAGGGCAUUGAGGUGCAGGAGGGACCCGAUGGCAAAGUGGUGUGUGAGAAACGCGAUGCGAAUAAGGAUGAACUGAACAAGUCUUCGGUGAUUAAGUCGCCGACCAAGGGAUCACGUAAUCGCAAUGGUUCCACCACGGAGAUGGCCGUGGAUCAAUUGCAGGCCAGCGAGAAGCUGAUUGCAGAACUCAAUGAGACCUGGGAGGAGAAAUUGAAGCGCACCGAGGAGAUACGCCUGCAGCGUGAGGCGGUCUUUGCCGAGAUGGGCGUGGCUGUCAAAGAGGAUGGCAUCACAGUGGGCGUUUUCUCGCCCAAAAAGACACCACAUCUGGUCAACCUGAACGAGGAUCCCAAUCUGUCGGAAUGUCUGCUCUACUACAUCAAGGACGGUCUCACACGUCUGGGCACACACGAGGCCAAUGUGCCACAGGACAUACAGUUGUCCGGCUCGCACAUCCUCAAGGAGCACUGCACCUUUGAGAAUCGCAACAGCACUGUCACCCUCUUGCCCCACAAGGAUGCCAUCAUCUUUAUCAAUGGCCGCAAGCUCGUCGAACCCGAGGUGCUGAAGACAGGCUCUCGCGUGAUUCUGGGCAAGAAUCACGUGUUCCGCUUUACCAAUCCGGAGCAGGCGCGUGAGCUGCGCGAAAAGAUAACCGAGAACGAGGCAGAGAAUGAGGUGGAGAAGGCGGAUACUCAGCAAGUUGAUUGGAAUUUCGCACAGUGCGAGCUCCUAGAGAAACAGGGCAUCGAUCUGAAGGCCGAGAUGAAGAAGCGUCUCGACAAUCUGGAGGAGCAGUACAAGCGCGAAAAGCUCCAGGCCGAUCAACAGUUCGAAGAGCAACGCAAAUCCUACGAGGCGCGCAUCGAUGCCCUGCAGAAGCAGGUGGAGGAGCAGUCAAUGACUAUGUCCAUGUACAGCAGCUACUCGCCAGAGGACUUCCAUCAGGAGGAGGAUGUCUACACCAAUCCGAUGUACGAGUCGUGCUGGACGGCACGCGAGGCUGGGCUAGCCGCUUGGGCCUUCCGCAAAUGGCGCUACCAUCAGUUCACAUCAUUGCGCGAUGAUCUCUGGGGCAAUGCCAUAUUCCUCAAGGAGGCUAAUGCUAUUUCGGUGGAGCUAAAGAAGAAGGUUCAAUUCCAGUUCACCCUAUUGACCGACACCUUGUACUCACCGCUGCCACCGGAGCUGGCCUCCAGCGUUACGCCCAUGCAGUCGGAGGAUGAAUAUGGCGCUCCACCAGUUUCCAAGACCCUGGUCGCCGUUGAGGUUACCGAUACCAAAAAUGGGGCUACACAUUAUUGGUCGCUGGAGAAACUACGCUAUCGCCUCGAAUUGAUGCGUCAAGUUUACAAUGUCGAGAGUCCGCCUUCGUCUAUGCUCUUCGAUACGUCCAGCAUUGAGGCGUACGCCAGUGGAGCGACUGGGAUGGAGUUGUCAAGGCAUCCAGCUCCGCCUCCAAUUCAGUCCCAGGCCCAGUUCGAGCAGCAUGUGGAGCAGCCCGAGUUGAAGCCUCAGCUGCGUCAGGCGUAUCCAACGCGUUUGACAUUGGCCAAUCUGAUACCUUCUAGACAACGUUUGGAACUAAUGCGCGAAAUGUAUCACAACGAGGCGGAGCUGAGUCCCACUUCUCCGGACUACAAUGUGGAGAGUUUAACUGGCGGUGAUCCCUUCUAUGAUCGCUUUCCUUGGUUCCGCAUGGUCGGUCGCUCUUUCAUCUAUCUGAGCAACCUGCUCUAUCCGGUGCCCCUGGUCCAUAAGGUGGCCAUUGUCAAUGAACGUGGCGAUGUCCGGGGCUAUCUACGCAUUGCCGUGCAGCCGGUGCUCGAUGAAGAGUCCAUUGAUUUCAACAACGGGGUCAAGCAGUCAGCUCGCCUGGUCUUCAACGAGGAUGAUGCCAAGCCCAAGUACCGUGCGCUUAACGAAAAGGACGAUGUGCAGCGUUACAUAGACAAUGGAGGACUGGACAGCAAACUGGAGGAACUAGAGGAUGCCGAUUCUGGUCGUGGCAUUGAUUCCAAUUCAGCCUCAGAGUACCAGGAGCAUGCCGAGGAGCCGGGCGAGCAUUUGCAGGUGGGCAAGGAGUUCACCUUCCGUGUGACCGUGCUCCAGGCCACGGGCAUCGGCGCAGAGUAUGCAGACAUCUUUUGUCAGUUCAACUUUUUGCAUCGCCAUGAGGAAGCCUUCUCCACGGAGCCGGUCAAGAACUCCGCCUCGGGCGCUCCGCUCGGUUUUUACCAUGUGCAAAAUAUAACUGUGCCCGUUACCAAAUCUUUUAUUGAGUAUUUGAAGACACAGCCCAUCAUGUUCAAGAUCUUUGGCCAUUAUCAGACACAUCCGCUGCACAAGGAUGCCAAGCAGGAGUUCGUUUCUCGUCCACCACCAAGACGCAUGCUGCCACCAAGCAUACCCAUAAGUCAGCCAGUGCGCAGUCCCAAAUUUGGACCGCUGCCCUGUCCGCCAUCAUCCACGGUCUUGGCGAAGCAUGAUGUGCUGGUGUGGUUCGAGAUCUGUGAGCUAGCACCCAAUGGGGAGUACGUGCCAUCGGUGGUUGAGCACAGCGAUGAUCUUCCCUGCCGCGGGCUGUUCUUGCUGCAUCAGGGCAUACAGCGACGCAUACGCAUCACUAUUGUGCACGAGCCGACGCCAGAGGUGAAGUGGAAGGACAUUAAUGAGCUGGUGGUUGGACGCAUACGCAAUACGCCCGAGUCUUCGGAUGAGCAGGAUGAGGACGCCUGCGUUUUGUCGCUGGGCCUGUUUCCGGGCGAGGUUUUGGAGGUGCCUGGCGAUGAUCGCUCCUUCUAUCGCUUUGAGGCCGCAUGGGACUCUAGUCUGCACAAUUCGGCGCUACUCAAUCGUGUCUCGCAGGGUGGCGAGACUAUCUACAUUACACUCAGCGCCUAUCUGGAGCUGGAUAACUGCGCUCGUCCGGCUAUUAUUACCAAGGAUCUCAGCAUGGUUAUCUAUGGACGCGAUGCACGCACCGGUCCGCGCUCACUGAAGCAUCUGUUCUCUGGCCAGUAUCGCAAUCCGGAGGCUAAUCGACUCUCUGGGGUCUACGAGCUCUCGCUGCGCAGAGCAUCCGAAGCAGGUAGUCCAGGUGUGCAGCGUCGGCAGCGUCGCGUCUUGGACACCAGCUCCACGUAUGUGCGCGGCGAGGAGAAUUUGCACGGCUGGCGGCCACGCGGCGACUCGCUGAUCUUCGAUCAUCAAUGGGAGCUGGAGAAACUUACGCGUCUGGAGGAAGUGGGCCGCAUGCGUCAUUUGUUGCUGCUGCGCGAGCGUCUGGGCAUGGACACCAAUCCCAAUCCGACCACCAAGACCGAGAAGGAUGUUUGCAAUCUGGCUGCACGUGCGGCCACCUCGCCCGUGCACAUGCUGAUACCACAGUCGCCACAAACGCCCGUCAAGGAUUCGCAGCAGAUGAUGCCCGAGCGCGAGUACAAUCAGCGCGAGCAGGAGCUCAUGCUCAAGUGCUUGAAACUGGUGCAAGGUCGUUACAGCAAGGUCGAACAGAGCGAUACACAAACCCAGUCUGAUGUUUCGCCCAGCGAUGAGGGCUGCGCAGACAUGACCGUUAGCUGCAUCUCCAGCAAUUCAAUGGAAAAGAACAAAUUUGUAAUUCGACACAGAUUAUGCUCACCGGACCGCGCCGAUGCGCCAAAUGGCUGGGAGGCACCCGCUCCGGCCACACAGCCGGCUCUGCCUUUGCGCUUGUAUGUGCCCGAGCUGGAGGAGAUACGCGUUAGUCCUGUUGUGGCACGCAAGGGUAUCUUGAAUGUCCUUGAACAUGGCGGUUCCGGCUGGAAGAAGCGCUGGGUGAUUGUGCGACGUCCUUAUGUCUUUAUCUAUCGCUCGGAGAAGGAUCCUGUGGAACGCGCUGUCUUGAAUCUGGCCACAGCUCAGGUUGAGUGCAGCGAGGAUCAGGCGGCCAUGGUCAAAAUACCCAACACUUUCAGCGUGGUUACCAAACAUCGCGGCUACCUGUUGCAAACACUGGGCGACAAGGAGGUGCACGACUGGCUCUAUGCCAUCAAUCCGCUGUUGGCUGGACAAAUCAAAUCCCGCCUGGCGCGACGCACACUGGAGCCGGCCUCGCAGACGGCAUCGCAGAUUCAGGCCAGCAGCGCGGUGAACGCGGGCAGCGCGAACAAAUGAGAUACAAUUACGAUGGAAUCCGUUUUGGUUUACUGAGACGCAGGCUAUGGCUGGCUGCAGCGACUGGGCAUAAGCAGGCGCUUGAAGCAGGCCCAACAGGCAGCUGGCAAUUGACAAAUAGAUAGCUAGGAUUCCAUCGCGAAUGUUAAUGUGCAUGCGAAAGAACACAAUAUAAGAGUAUAAGAACACACAACAGACAAAAAACAAAAGAAAAACAAGAUACAACUUCAAAAUGCAAAGCGUACGUAAUAAUUAAGUAGUGACAACAAUG